AAAGAUUAUCGAUUAUAACGUUAGCACUAAUAUUUAUAUGAAGAUUCUCGCUUAUAAGUUGGCGCUAAUAUUUAAAUAUUCUCGCUUAUAACGUUGGAAGAUUAAUAUAAAAGAUCAAUUAUGGCCUGAUCCACUAACUUAGAAAGAGUUAUCAUUUGAGGAUAUAUAAUUAAUAUUUUUUCCUCUUUGGAGAUCAACGAGCUUCGAAGAUCCAUGGCGAUAUGUUCAGCCUCUGCUUUUUCUCCUCGCAUCACUCUUCUUCUUACCCACUUUGUACGCCCUCAAGUUCGAAUACUGCAACAAUAAUACAGGAUAUGAUUUCGGUAAAGUAACUGGUGUGGUGGCCACCUCAAAGGACGAUGACACAACCACUACGAUAUACGUAUUUCUUAACGCAAACAAAAAUCUCGACAAAGGAAGUGUAAUCGUGAACCUUAUGAUUGGCGAAGGUGAACAAGCCUGGGAUACAGUUAUGUACGAGCUCAAUGAAGUGGUACAUGUAUUACCGAUAGAACCUGACAUCACAACUAUUUUAUAUCUGACUAAAGUUCCUUUGCAAAGCGAUCUCGUGAGGUAUGAUAAGGUUACUGUAACUUUGUUUGAUGGAGACUUUAAAGAAAAAAUGUGCAUCAACUUCAAUCCUUAUGAUUACACAGCAUCAGCAGCAGCAGUCUCUGCAUAAUCAAGUUGGCGAAGUGAAAAUACGUGUUCCUAUGAGUGUUUAUCUACCUUUAAUUUCCACCAUUUUAUAUGUUGUCCAACAAAUAAAACAUAACCUAUAAACCGAUAUUUAAUUUCUAUCUGUUGUAAUUUUGUUUUGGUUUAUGUGAAUCGGGAUGUCAUUUUGUUUUUCGUAUUUGGAGCUUUCGUUUCAUACAUAUGGAAGCAACGUUGUCGAGAAGCUUUUCGAAUCUCGAUGGUGGUGAGUCGUUGGUGGCUUUAUCUUUAAUUGUGAAGGAGAUUAUGAAGUGUGAUGAAGAUACGUUAUCGUGAGAUUGUCUAAUUAAGGAUGAUUAAUUAUAGGUAUAAAGUUUUGAAAACGAC